UCUAUCAACAAACUACAACGUGUGUCAGAUUGAAGCUUUAAUUUAGCAAGAAAUUCGCAAGCGCCAUCUGUAAAAGUAGUUUACUAUAGCUUAAGUAUAGACGAGUGGAUCAGAAAAUGUUAUGUUGUUGCUAUAAUAGGUGAUCGAUUAUCAAUCAGAGUUAGUUAUCCUGAUUUUUUCGUUCGUUAAUUGAUCAUAAUGCCUAAGAAAUUUGUGGGUGUGAAUAGCAAGGCUGUUGCAGCCAGAGAAAGAAAAGCUGCUGCUAAGGAAGCUGAAAAUACAAAGAAAGCUUUGGAAGCUGAAGAAAAAGCUUGGCAAGAUGAUAAUAAACAAUUGUUAAAGAAAAAACAGAAACAAGAAGAACUCGAAAAGAAGAGACAGCAACAAUUAGAAAAGAAGGCAGAAGUUAAAGCUUUAUUAGAACAAGAAAUGGCAACUAUUAAAGUAGGAGGCAAACAACCUAUUGCUAAGAUUACAAAGAGUGAAAUAUUGGAAACUAUAGAGAGACGUAAUCAAGCUGCCAAGAUCGAAAAGAAGAAAGAGAAAGAGAAAGAGAAACCGAUAGAAGAAAAUUUGAAUAGAGUUGUUAUUGAAGGUGAAAGUGCGCAUGGUAUAGAUGAAGCUUUAUCAAUUUUAAGCGUCAAAGAUCCAGAAGUUGAUCGCCAUCCGGAAAAACGUUUGAAAGCUGCUUAUGCGAGUUUUGAAGAAAAAAUGAUGCCUAUUAUUAAAGAACUAAAUCCAACUUUAAGGCUCAGUCAAUUGAAACAGAUUUUGAAAAAGGAGUGGAUGAAGUCUCCGGAAAAUCCGCUCAAUCAGAAGCUGUUUAAUAAUUGAUAUUAGCACAUCUUUAUCAAUAGUCUAUAAUACUUUCACAUGACUGAAUAUAAUAUUAUUAACUUAAAUGUUUUACAGAAAAAAAAAAAAAAGAAAAGAAAAUAAGUAAUAUGUGUAAGUAUAACGGAUCAUAUUGGUUCACAGUUUUAUUGUUAACGAAUAAUUUAUAUUCCAAAAUGCCAUAAGAUAUAAAAAGAAAAUUAACAUAAUAAUAUAAAACAUCUUUGGUACAACUUAUGCCGCGAAUCUAUAAUAGCCUCCGUUCGGUAUCUUAAAUAUUGCAUAUUGACAGAAGACACUUUGUUGAAGUUAAUGGAAAGAUUCUAACAAAAAAAAAAAAAAAAAAAAUAAAAUUAAAAAAAUAUCUCUUAACAAACAUAUAUAAGUUUUGGCACAGUUAUUAUGCUGCAAGUGUAGAAGAUAUUUUUUACAAAUUUCGCUAUUAUCGUAUCAUUCAAUAAAACGUAAUAAUAUAAAAGCAUAAUCAACAAGGUAGAACUUGACGUAAGAGAUUUUCAGUAGCAUCAGAAAUCUGUCUGUCCUCUCUUUAUACGAAAUAAGAUGAUUCCGUUAAAA